GCUUAGACAGUAACAAUAUAACACGCAAUGGCUAAAGACCUUGUUAUUUUAGCGUAUUCGGGAGGUUUGGACACUAGUUGCAUUUUAAAAUGGUUGAUACAAAAAAAUUACGAUGUCGUAUGUUACAUGGCUAAUGUCGGACAGGACGAAGAUUUUGGAAAAGCCAAAACGAAAGCGAAGAACAUUGGCGCGAAAGAUGUAAUAAUAGAAGAUCUGCGUAAAGAAUUCGUCGACAACUAUAUGUUACCAGCCGUUCAAAUGGGCUUAAUCUACGAGAGUCGAUAUUACCUCGGCACUGCUUUAGCCAGACCCUGCAUCUCCGUUGGCAUUGUCACCGCUGCUAAAAAGCUAGGCGCUAAGUAUAUAUCACAUGGAGCUACGGGUAAAGGCAACGAUCAAGUCCGCUUUGAACUAAGUGUAUACUCACUAUGGCCAGAAGGAAAGAUAAUAGCACCAUGGCGUCUUCCAGAGUUCUUUGAACAAUUCCAAGGUCGCAGCGAUCUUAUAGAAUUCGCGAAGAUUGAGAAUAUACCAGUUGCAGCAACACCUAAAGAACCUUGGUCAACGGAUGAAAAUAUUAUGCAUAUAAGCUACGAAUCCGGUGUACUUGAAGACCCUGGAGUUGUGGCACCAUCUGGAAUAUACAAGAUGACACGCGAUCUUAACAAGACUGAAGACUAUCCGAGCACUAUUGACAUUGUUUUUGAUAAAGGUUUACCAGUGUCCAUUGUGAUACCAAGCGGUCAUGAAAAACCAAUGGAAUUAUCAGAUUCUCUAACUAUAGUUCAAACAUUAAAUAAACUUGGAGGUCAGCAUGGUGUUGGACGAAUUGACAUCGUCGAAAAUCGAUUUUUAGGUCUUAAAUCACGAGGCUUGUACGAGACCCCGGCUGGAACAAUACUACACGCUGCGCAUCUCGACCUUGAGGCCUUUGCUUUGGAUAGAGAAGUACUAAGGAUGAAGAAAUAUCUGCAAGAAAAAAUGUCUGAUUUUGUAUACAAUGGCUUUUGGUUUUCUCCCGAAGCAACAUACACCCGAAAAUGUCUAGAAUUAUCCCAACAGGGCGUCAGUGGCAAAGUCACCGUACAAAUCUACAAAGGAAAUGUUACGAUACUAUCCAGAAAAAGUUCGACUAGUUUAUACAAUAAGGACCUAGUUUCAAUGGAUGUUGCCGGAGGAUUCUCCCCUGAAGAUAGCACCGGAUUUAUUAACAUCAAUGCAAUCAGACUCAAAGAAUAUGCUCGAUUUACUGCACAAACUAAAUUUUAAUUUAUAAACGAAAGUAAUAAAGCUUGGUUUA